AUGGGAUAAGCCCAUCCUAAUCCUAAUGGUCAAUAUGUUAAGAUUUGCACUCUUUGUCGUGAAUAAAAACCUCCUCAUCAUUUUCAUUGUGGAAAGUGCAGAAAAAAAGCACUCAUUGGUUUUGGUUCUUCAUUGGGUCUUGUGAUUUUAAUUGUUAUAUCAACAGGAUUAGAUCUAAACAAUGAAUGGAUAUCAUUUUUGAGUGUUCUUUGUAUAGUUUCAUUUUUUGGUGGCUGUUAUUUUUGCUAAAGCAGACUCACAAAUGGACAAGUGAACUAAUAUGUAGAAUUUUAUGAAUGA